AUGGAUUCCAAGGUCAUCGGUACGCGCGUCAACCACAACGGACACUACGGGACCGUGCGCUUCGUGGGCCCCGUCGACGGGACAGCGGGCAUCUGGCUCGGCGUCGAGUGGGACGACCCAGCCCGCGGGAAGCACAGCGGCUCCAAGGACGGCAAGCAGUACUUCACCUGCCGCUCGCCGUCUGCAGGAUCUUUCAUCCGACCCACCGCGCACCUCAUCUACGGCGUCUCCUUCCUCGAGGCCCUCAAGGCAAAGUACAUCGAGACGCUCCAUGGAUCCGACACCCAGGAAAAGGUCGUUCUCGGAUCUUCGCAAGGCGCGAUUCAGGUCGAGGCGGUGUCGCUCGAUAAGAUCAGGGAGAAGUUCGCGCGUUUGGACUACCUGAAGGAGGUCAGUCUCGAUCAUGCUGAUGUCGUCCGCGGGGACGCCCCAGGCAGCAUCAUGCAGACCUGCCCCAACAUACGCGGGCUUGAUCUCUCUCAGAAUCUUCUGCCCGACUGGGAAACCGUCGCUAGCAUCACUCGUGAACUACCUCUGCUCCAACGUCUGUCCCUAAAUCGCAACCGUCUAGCACUCCCUGCGAACUACGAUGCCUUGACAGGCGCGUUCCAGAAACUGGUGGAGAUCCAGCUGAACGAGACCUUAAUCAGUUGGCCCGAAAUGCAAGCUAUCACCGCCUCGAUGCUAGUCCUGCAGGUCGUCGAAUUGGGCUACAACCGUCUCAGCCGACUUUCAGACGAUACUUCUCCUCGGACGCCUCCCAACUCCGCAGUCGAGGUUCUUAAUCUCGAUAGCAACUUGCUUUCGGACUGGUCCCACAUAUGUGGCUCGCUAAAAGAAUACAAUUCGUAG